GAAAAGCGUAUUCAGUUGAGUGAGAGCACGAGCCCAGAGCGGAGCGUUUCCGGGAAGUAAGAGUUUCAGUAAUGGCGGCUGUGUGUGUAUGCAAGCCUCAGCUCGGAGGUUUCAGUUUCGAAAAUUGUAAAAGAAAUGCGCAACUAGAAAGUAAUGCUACUAAGCUUGGAUGCAGAAUCCCCACUGCACGCAAAACCGGCACAACUAUCUGUGGGGUUGUCUAUAAGGAUGGUGUGGUUCUUGGAGCUGACACAAGAGCAACUGAAGGAAUGGUUGUAGCAGAUAAGAAUUGUUCCAAGAUCCACUACAUCUCUCCUAACAUCUACUGUUGUGGAGCUGGUACAGCAGCAGACACUGAGAUGACAACUCAGUUAAUCUCCUCUAAUUUGGAGCUACAUUCUCUUUCCACCAAUCGCCUUCCAAGAGUUGCCACUGCCAACCGCAUGCUUAAACAGAUGCUCUUCAGAUACCAGGGAUAUAUUGGGGCAGCACUGGUGUUGGGUGGGGUUGACUGCAAUGGUCCCCACCUGUACAGCAUCUACCCUCAUGGCUCAACAGACAAGCUACCCUAUGUUACCAUGGGCUCUGGAUCCUUGGCUGCUAUGGCUGUGUUUGAAGAUCGAUACAGACCUGACAUGGAGGAGGAGGAGGCGAAGCUUCUGGUGCGUGAUGCCAUCGCAGCUGGUAUAUUCAAUGAUCUGGGCUCAGGCAGUAACAUUGAUUUGUGUGUGAUCACCAAAGGCAAGGUGGACUACCUGAGACCACAUGAUGAAGCCAACAAGAAGGGUGUUAGAACCGGUGACUACAAGUACAAGCGAGGCACCACUGGUGUUCUGACCUCAUCAGUGACCCCAAUUCUGAUGGAAGUGGUGGAUGAGUCUGUGCAGACCAUGGACACCUCCUGAAGCAUGUUGUAUCUCAUGAAUGACCAUGUUAUUCCACUGUUUACAAUAAAAUAUGUUGUAAAAAGCCUU